AUGUUCGGGACUAGCACCACACGGCCCAGCACCACGGCCCAGCACCACACGACCCAGCACCACACGACCCAGCACCACACGGCCCAGCACCACACGGCCCAGCACCACACGACCCAGCACCACACGGCCCAGCACCACGGCCAGCACCACGACCAGCACCACGACCCAGCACCACGACCAGCACCACGACCCAGCACCACACGGCCCAGCACCACACGGCCCAGCACCACACGACCAGCACCACGACCCAGCACCACACGACCCAGCACCACACGGCCAGCACCACGACCCAGCACCACGGCGCAGCACCACGACCCAGCACCACACGACCCAGCACCACGACCCAGCACCACAACCCAGCACCACACGGCCCAGCACCACACAGCCAGCACCACGGCCCAGCACCACACGGCCAGCACCACACGACCCAGCACCACGAACCCAGCACCACACGGCCCAGCACCACACCCAGCACCACACGGCCCAGCACCACACGGCCAGCACCACGACCCAGCACCACGACCCAGCACCACCAGCACCACGGCCAGCACCACGACCCAGCACCGACCCAGCACCACACGGCCCAGCACCACACGACCCAGCACCACACAGCCCAGCACCACGGCCAGCACCACGGCCCAGCCCCACGGCCAGCACCACACGGCCCAGCACCACGGCCCAGCACCACGACCGCCACGACCCAGCACCACAGCCAGCACCACGACCCAGCACUACACGGCCAGCACCACGACCAGCACCACGACCCAGCACUACACGGCCCAGCACCGACCCAACCACACGGCCAGCACCACGGCCCAGCACCACGACCCAGCACCACGACCCAGCACCACGCAGCCAGCACCGACCCAGCACCACACGGCCCAGCACCACGACCCACACCACACGACCCAGCACUACAUGGCCCCAGCACCACGACCCAGCACCACACGGCCAGCACCACACGACCCACACGGCCCAGCACCACACGACCACUACAGGCCCAGCACCACGACCCAGCACCACGACCCAGCACUACAUGGCCAGCACCACGACCCAGCACCGGCCCAGCACCACAACACCACGACCAGCACCACGACCCAGCACCACACGGCCAGCACCACGACCCAGCACCACGACCCAGCACCACACAGCCCAGAACCACACGACCAGCACCACACGACCCAGCACUACAUGGCCCAGCAGCUUCAAUGGCUAAAGUACUGGAAGUUGGUCCCAUAA